GAGAGAGAGAGAGAGAGAGAGAGAGAGAGAGAGAGAGAGAGAGAGAGAGAGAGAGAGAGAGACAGACAGACAGAAGACAGAAAGACACGCCAGAGAGAAAGAAGAGAGAAGAGACAAGAGAGAGACAGAGACAGAAAGGAAUCCCCGUUGAUGAACAGGUACACUACUUACGAGGGAAUUCAGGUGUCAUCAAAAUCCUCCUACAAGCCAAUUGCAGGAAAAACAACCCAGAUAAUGGCAGCCUUCGCAAUGUCAAUGGCAAAGACCCGAUUUGAAGACCAUUUCGGAUCAAAACAAUUCUAA